GCUCGCGACAUACCAACAAUCAUUCCCUGAGCACCAUCCGGCAGGGACGUCAGGAAUUCCGAGUUCUUGAGCAGGCUUCAGAAGGCUGGGCAUGUGAUCUUGCGAGCGGAUCGCGAGUCUAGCGAGAGCCAGAACCUCGACCAGGUACAUGGGCGCGUACUGCCGAGGAAGCGAUGCGCUCUGUCGUCGCCCGCGGGAUCGGCCUCGAGGAGAAGCAGAUCUCUCACUCGUGAUUCGGCUCGCCUCUCGAAGCAAGUCCCCGAUGUUCUCGCUCCAGUUUUCUGUUUGUACACCGAGAAAUUUGAGCACGUCUUUGGUCUGUCUGCUGUUCUGCACAAGCAUGACUGCAGGUCGCUGAGAUCGAGCGCUCUGGAAUGGCUGAAAGUAAUCUUGCAGCCUUGCUUUGAGGGCGGCGAUGCUCAUAGUCUCCGUUUUCCCGCUGGAUUGCAGUGUC